GAUCUAUCCACAUCGUCUAGAAAUCUGUGGCGAGCACACCAGCGCUUGAAACGUAAAAUGCUGUCUUUGUCGUAAACUAGAAGGAAGCCAACUACACAAACAAACAACAGAAACAACUGCGUGGAUUUAAAGUCAUUAUAGAUUCACUGGGAUACCGUCGUUUCCUAAGGCGAUGGCAGCGUCUUCUUCGUCCUCUUCUGCGGGAGGUGUGAGUGGCAGCUCAGUCACUGGCUCUGGAUUCAGUGCUUCAGAGCUCAUACCCCCAAGGAAAGUCCUGUACACAUAUCCCAAAGGAGCAGGUGAAAUGAUGGAAGACGGAUCUGACAGAUUUUUAUGUGAGUCUGUAUUCAGCUACCAAGUUGCCUCAACACUCAAACAGGUUAAACAUGAUCAACAAGUGUCUCGAAUGGAGAAACUUGCAAGCCUGGUGGAGGAGCUGGAAGCAGAUGAGUGGCGGUACAAACCCAUUGAACAGCUAUUGGGAUUUACACCGUCAUAAAUAAAGAGAUCAAGAUGCCUUUGGUUAAUAAAUCAGCCAAAUAUAAGGAAAAGGGAAGGAGACGGAUUAUAUCAGUUCAUAAAUUAUAUUCCUCCUCUAUGGUUUUAUUCGAUAUAAUGUGAAAUGUUAUCUGGAGAUACUGAAUGUGAGAUGUAUUAUUUUGUCACUUUUACGAUCGUACGAGUAUGGUUUGCUUUUUUAAAAACAGCUUGUUAUAUUUGACCCAGCAUACCAUAAUAAACCCUUGUCAACAAAAAAAAAAUCUUAUAUUAAUAACUAAGCAAUUUAAAGUUUUGUAAUAGGCUGUUAAUAGAUUUUUCAGCUGGUUUAAGACAAAGUGUUCUGCCAGUCCAAUCUGCGCUAAGCCUCAGGCAAAAAAAAUAUAUUUGGUAAAGUAAUUAAUCUCUUAAAGUGAGGCAUUGUGUUUUCACAUGGCUGCACUGUAACUCAUAACUCUGAAAACCUGGUGCCUGUUCAGUCUAUCCUCCUCUCUGUGUGGGUCCUCAUCGCUGCUUGUUCCAACAGCCCUGAGAGAAAACAAAGAGAGCUUGUAAAUAAAGUCAUACUUGGACAUUU